ACCGUCCUUGCAAAUAUGUUAGCUCUGUUAACAUCUGGUUCCUGGCUAUUCAGUGCACUUGGAACUGUUAUACUUGCCACAUAGGGAUAGUGUAUGUCUUGAUUCGGUAUGUCCUAUCGCUUUACCCCUCCCCUCGACAUGAAUCAUGUUUGCUCCCGAAGAUAUAUAUCCCAGACAGGCUGUCACGGUAUCCCUAACGGUUUCUUUUCCUUCGUUUCUGCGUUCUUUUUUUUGUUGUCUGGCGGCGGCGAACCCUUCCUUUCCUUUAGUUUCUUGUUAUCCAGUUUUAAAGUUUAUCUAAUGGCCUCCUCCAACGUUCGUCAUCUUGCUUCGUCGCGGAGGCAUUGGGCCCGUGAAAUCAAGCACCGGGAGGUUGAUUCCUUCAUCGGUUCGACCGCGACUAGGGCUCCGGUCAUAGCACGCGCUGAGGACGCUGCGACACCCAGUGUAUCAAGUAAGCCAGUGGUUGCACCACUUUCAACCUCGGUGAAGGCGUUGACUGGGUUUAUUGUGGUUCUUGGUGUUUGCCUGAUCGGCAUUGCCGCUUGGAGAAUCGGUAUUUGGCGGCGAAAGAGGAUUCGCGCUCGUCAUGUUGCUUCCUCUAAGGUCCUUGCUAGCCUAUCCUCUUUUGAGAAGUCAGCACCUCUCGAGGUUACUUUGGACAGGAAGGCAUCUGACAAGAAAUCGGGUUUCAUUAUGCCAGCGAUUUAUCCCGUUGAACUACUCCCGCUUCCUCCUCCCGCUCACUCCCCCAAUAAAGCCGUGAAGAAGGGAACUAACCGUUUCCUUGGACACAUUUCCUUCUCCCGCAAGUCCACAUCUACCCCUACCCAGUCCAACUAUCCUCCGCCCUCUUACGAUGUCGCAGUCAUCCCACCUCUUCCCAUACAAGCCACUCCUCAACCUGCACUGGUUAGCAAGGCCAAUUUGCAGGUUGAGGUUCCCGCUCGCCCUCCCGUUACCCUGGCAGCCUUGACUGUCCAGACUGGUACCCCUCUUUCACCAGUCCCCAGUCCCCGCACAAGUUCAUACGGCGCAUAUGCUCCCGAUUCCGCUUGGAAGACGCCUGCUACCAGCCGCCCGCGAUCAAAAUCGAUCAAUGGAAAGAAACUGCCUCGGUUGAUGGUCGUCACCUGCACCUUUGUACCAUCACUUGCAGAUGAACUCAAGAUCAAAGUUGGCGAGACACUCAGACUGGUGGAGGAGUACGAAGAUGAGUGGUGCUUGGUACAGCGGAUUGGAAAGCCCGAUGCCGAGAAAGGUGUUAUCCCUCGGUUCUGUCUUCAGGAACGUCCAGAGAUCCUUGCUUCCCUUCCGAAACACAAGAAGGGUAGUUCUCUUGGGGGAUCGCACUCUCAGUCAAACCUGCGAUACUGAGGCCGUCACUCCUUAUCUGUCAUCCGCCGUACUUCGAUAUGCACCUUUCUGCUUGGUUAUACCAUGCGACGAUUAUUUCAUGAUGACGAACACCUGUCAUAGCCUACGAUGACGAUUUAGCGCCUACCGCCCUCAUUUGUUGUUAAACGCAUUUGCAUACCCCCGAGUUCUUCUUAAUUGAAGAGCCCAUCUCUGUCAAACCUACGCUCCCUUUGCUUUGAAGUAUUUAUUGUUUUCGUUCAUUCCUUUCAAUUUUAGGCUUGCUUUUGGAUCGAAUAAAUUAUUAACUUUCGACUUCUUAGCGGGGUAGCGUCUGGCCACACGUCUCCGGUAUGCUGCCUCGCACAAUCCGAUGCGAUGCAAAUAGCGAUGCGCGCAACGGCUGGUGUUAAAAAAAUCUCUCGUACUGCUAGUCAGCCCUCCCCUACUGAACUGUUGUAAAACCUCGGACUUCCAAUCAACGGAUAUAUCGUUAUUCGUAUCU